CCUUUGCCCACUGGCCCCCGGAUCUUGGGACCGAGGGUACCCGAUCCGGUGGGUCUUAAGUUAACAAAUGGUUUGAAGAUCUUCUCCCAUAGUACCAUCUGAAAAUGAUGACGAAAAUGCCCACCUUUUCAGUAGAUAAAGUGACUUUUACAAAUCAGUGAUUUAUCCCUGAUUCUCAGGGUCUCGUCCCAAUCUGAAGAAACCCAGUUAUAACACCUUUCCAACUCCUUUCUGCCUGCUCCCUUCAAGUGGAGAUACUGAGCCUGGGUUAUUCUCUCCAAAAAGAAUCACAAAGGGAGUGGCUGCCCCUUUUGAUGGCUCUGAGCUUCUGACUCUAGGCUUUUCUGAGGACCUGCUACACUUCUUGCCUUCUUGGAUUCUGUGUGAUACCACCAUAUCUCUAUCCUAAGGCCUACUUCAGAUGGAUUUCAUGAACUGUGCAGACCCAAGCCCCAGAAGUCACUCCAUCUCCUACGGCUCGCAAUUUCCAGAGGCCCCCUGGCACCUUCCAGCCUGAUGUCGUGCGUCAAGUUAUGCCCCAGCGGUGCUUCCGCCCCCUUGGUGUCCAUCGAGGAACUGGAGAACCAGGAGUUCGUCGGCAAAGGCGGGUUCGGCACAGUGUUCCGGGCGCAACAUAGGAAGUGGGGCUACGAUGUGGCAGUCAAGAUCGUAAACUCGAAGGCGAUAUCCAGGGAGGUCAAGGCCAUGGCAAGUCUGGAUAAUGAAUUCGUGCUGCGCCUAGAAGGGGUUAUCGAGAAGGUGAACUGGGACCAAGAUCCCAAGCCGGCUCUGGUGACUAAAUUCAUGGAGAACGGCUCCCUUUCGGGGCUGCUGCAGUCCCAGUGCCCUCGGCCCUGGCCGCUCCUUUGCCGCCUGCUGAAAGAAGUGGUGCUUGGGAUGUCUUACCUGCAUAACCAGAACCCGGUGCUCCUGCACCGGGACCUCAAGCCAUCCAACGUCCUGCUGGACCCAGAGCUGCAAGUCAAGCUGGCAGAUUUUGGCCUGUCCACAUUUCAGGGAGGCUCACAGUCAGGGACAGGGUCCAGGGAGCCAGGGGGCACCCUGGGCUACUUGGCCCCAGAACUGUUUGUUAACGUAAACUGGAAGGCCUCCACAGCCAGUGAUGUCUACAGCUUCGGGAUCCUAAUGUGGGCAGUGCUCGCUGGAAGAGAAGCUGAGUUGCCAACCGAACCAUCACUGGUGUAUGGAGCAGUGUGCAAGAGGCAGACCCGGCCCUCAUUGGCUGAGCUGCCGCAAGCUGGGCCUGAAACUCCCGGCUUAGAAGGACUGAAGGAGCUAAUGCAGCUCUGCUGGAGCAGUGAGCCUGAGGACAGACCCUCCUUCCAGGAAUGCCUACCAAAAACUAAUGAAGCCUUCCAGGUGGUGAAAAACAAUAUGAAUGCUGCUGUCUCCACAGUAAAGAAUUUCCUGUCUGAGCUCAGGAGCAGCGAUAGGAGAUUUUCUACCCCAGAGUCAGGCCAAGGAGGGACAGAAAUGGAUGACUUUAGGAGAACCACAGAAAACCAGCACUCUUAUAAUGAUGUCAUGGUUUCUGAGGGGCUAAACAAACUGAAUCUAGAGGAGUCUCCCAGCUCUGUUCCUACAAAAUACCUGAGCCUCACCAAGAGGAGCAGGGCACAAGAGGAGCAGGUUCCACAAGCCAGGACAGCAGGCACGUCUUCAGAUUCAAUGGCCCAACCUCCUCAGACUCCAGAGACCUCAACUUUCAGAAACCAGAUGCCCAGCCCCACCUCAACUGGAACACCAAGUCCUGGACCCCGAGGGAACCGGGGGGCUGAGAGACGAGGCAUGAACUGGUCCCGCAGGACCCCGGAGCCAAAUCCAGUAACAGGGCUCGUUAACAUAUACGACUGCUCUGGGGUGCAAGUUGGAAACAACAACUACUUGACUAUGCAACAGACAACUGCAUUGCCCACAGGGGGCCUGGCACCUUCGGGCAAGGGAAGGGGCUUGCAGCACCCCCCACCAGUAGGUUCGCAAGAAGGCCCUAAAGAUCCUGAAGCCUGGAGCAGGCCACAGGGUUGGUAAAAUCAUAGUGGGAAAUAAAGCAACUUCCGAGCUUGCCUCCAAGAGUUACGAGUUAAGGAAGAGUGCCAUCCCUAGAGGCCCCUGACUUCCUUCUAGGGCAGUCUGGCCUGCCCACAAAACGACUUUGUGAUCUGUCCCCCAGGAGUCAAUAAACACGAUGGAAUGC